AUGGCAAUGGAGGGUUUAAAUAUUGCUAUGAAAGAAGCUGUGGAAAAGGGCAUUUUUAAGGGUAUAUAUAUUCCAAACGUUGGGCCUCCGUUGUCGCAUUUAUUCUAUGCGGAUGAUGCGAUUUUCUUGGGUGAAUGGUCAAAGCAUAAUAUCGAUAACCUUGGUCGUAUCCUUAGAUGUUUUUACGUUUCAUCAGGGCUUCAAAUGAAUUUUAAAACAUCAAAAGUUGUUGGCAUUGGUGUGAUUGAUCGAGAGGUUGAUAGAUGGGCUGCCCUGCUAGGGUGUGAACUGACUUCCCUCCCCUUUUCGUAUCUUGGGGUUACGAUAUGGAAAGCAGAAAAUUUAAGCUUUGGUGGUAGAAUAACGCUUGCUAAAGUCGUCUUGGGUAAUCUUCACAAUUAUUAUUUAUCGAUCAUCGCUGCCCCAACAGGGGGAAGUCCAAAUGAAAAUAUUGCUGCUUCAAAAAAUAUUCCUGUAGUUUGGAAUAAUAUUGUUAGAUGCAAAAAUGAACUUACAAAAGUAAACAUUCUAGUUCAUGAUGUUAUUAGAAGAUCACCAACCGGCGAUACCUGGGAAUCUGAUUUUUGUAAGGAGAAUUACUGUGUAGCUAUGAUGAGUACAAGAAUUGAAAGAUCCCCACACCUAAUAUAUGAAGGUGAAUUUUCAUGGUUUAAGUGGGUGCCAAUGAAAGUUCUAUGUUUCGCUUGGCGAGCUAGAUUGGGUCGAAUCCCAACUUUGUUGGCCCUUAGCCGCAGGAAUGUUAAGGUAGACUCCCAAUGGUGUAGUGCAUGUAUCUCGAGGUUAGAAACUUCCGACGAUCUCCUAGUGGACUGCCCGUUUGCGGAUCAUGUAUGGAGGAAUCUGGAGAAGUGGUGCGGCAUUGGGAAGAUAAACGCCAACUCGGUUCGAGGAGUUAUUGAUGAGGGUGUCAGACUGAAGAUGGGUUCCAAUCGCAAGAAGAAGGCUCUGUUCUUGAUCCUCUAUGGUGCUCUGUGGGCUAUUUGGCGUGCCAGGAAUGACAGAAUCUUCAAUGGCGAUAUUGUUGAUCCGAUUAAGGUUGUCGAUUUGAUUAAGUCUAUGAUAUUUCUGUGGGUAAAACAUAGAUAUGGCAGGUGUAGUAUUAAUUGGGGUGAUUGGACUAGAUCCCCGUUAAAUUGUUUGUAA